GGCGACACUGACUGGCACUGAUUGGCAGCACUGAUAGGUGGCACUGAUUGGCAUUGAUAGGUGGCACUGACUGGCACUGAUGGGUGACAUUAUAAGGCAGCUCAGAUGGGCACUGAUAUGUGGCAUUGAUGUGCACUGGUAUGCACUGAUAUGUGGCAUUGAUGGGCACUGGCACGUGGCACUGAUGGGCACUGACAAGUGGCACUUCUGGGGCCACACUGAUCAUCAGUGCCCUGAUGAUCAUUGCCAGCGUGACAGCUCGACAGGAGAG